GCUCGCGUCGCCGGUUCAGAUUUGCAUCGCUCUCUGCACUGAAAGCGCAAAGCGUUCGUGAAAGAGGCAACAUGGCGCUGUUCCCGCUACUGAACCGUGGUUCCUGGGGCCCCUCUGACUUGGUGAGGCGUUUUUUGGACGACGACUUUGGCGGUUCGUUCCUGGACGGCGAGCUGUUUGACCCGCCUUUCUACCACCAGCGGUUCUACAUCCAACCGCGGCACGAGCAACCGUCGGGCGUCGUCUGCCCCGCUCGCCAGCCGGGCACUUCUGUCGCCUGCACUCCGGACAAGUUCGCCAUCAACGUCGACACCCGGAACUUCACUCCGGAGGAGAUCACCGUCAAGACGCAGGACAACUGCGUCGUCAUUCACGGCAAGCACGAAGAGAAGUCUGACGACCGCGGCUGCUACGUGAAGCGCGAAUUCACUCGCCGCUACGUCCUGCCCGAAGACGUCGAUCCCGAGUCGGUGAAGUGUCACCUCAAGCCCAACGGUACGUUGGCCCUCGAAGCGCCGCGUAAGAACGCUCCCAAGGAGCAGCCGAAGGCCAUCCCGAUUCAAGUGAAGCACGAAGGCGCCAGCAGCAACGCGGUGAAGAACAAGUAAACAGAGGCGUCACCGUCUCGCGUCAGGACCAAUUGACGAUGAUGAGCAUGAAUGUGCUUCUGUGUGAGUGCCGGUUAAUCGCCUUGUGAUGACUGCUGAUAACUCCUGAGUGAGCGUUUGUAAUGUUAUGUCCUGAAGCAGAAGCUUUGUACUGUCAUCCUGUCAGUGGCGUUAAUCCCUGUCUUUUCUAUGCGCCUUGAGGCGUUUAAAU